AAGCUGGAGUCCGCCAAGGGCAAAGGCAAGAACGCCGCGGACCUUGACCACUGGAGCAGCGACCUGGGCACCGACGGCGGAAAGCAGGAGCAGGUCACACUGCCGGGCAAGCUGCGGUCGGAGAUCAACAAGGUGGAGGGGGCGUCUGCCGUGGAGGGCACGCGCGAAACCGAGCUCGCAGAGGCGCUGGCAAAGCAGCUCGCCACGGUCGCCGCAGAGCUCGCAGAGCUCGAGCAGAUGAGAGCGGAGCUGCAAUCCAAGCGCGACGCCUCGCACGCCGCCGAGUCGGAGAUCCAACAGCUGCUCGACU